AGCGUUUCCCAGAGCCCGCCGUUUCCGGUGCCCUUCUCUCCGGCGCGGCGGCGUGGCUGGAGAAGGCGGGCGAGGGGCAGUUAUCCUUGGAGGCAGCUGCAGUGAAGGUUUAUGGUUCCGCUGAGAGGAGCUGAAGCGUUUUAGAGCCUCCGCCUGUUUCUCCGAGGGUUGCCAUGGCUCAGAGCCUAAAGGACUUUGCUGGCCGCCUGCCUACUGGCCCGCGUGGGAUGAGCACCGCUUUAAAGUUACUAUUGGGUGCUGGUGCUGCAGCCUAUGGUAUCCGUGAAUCUGUCUUUACAGUGGAGGGUGGUCAAAGAGCAAUAUUCUUCAACCGCAUUGGUGGCGUUCAACAGGAUACCGUUCUUUCAGAGGGACUACAUUUCAGAAUUCCCUGGUUCCAGUAUCCAAUAAUUUAUGAUAUUCGAGCCCGGCCCCGCAAAAUUUCCUCACCAACAGGAUCCAAAGAUCUGCAGAUGGUGAAUAUCUCCUUGCGUGUUCUGUCACGACCCAAUGCUGUAGAAUUGCCCAGCUUAUACCAGCGACUUGGACUAGACUAUGAAGAACGGGUUCUUCCUUCCAUUGUCAAUGAAGUACUCAAAAGUGUGGUAGCAAAGUUUAAUGCCUCACAGCUCAUUACCCAGCGGGCUCAGGUAUCUUUGCUUAUCCGACGGGAACUGACAGAGCGAGCAAAGGAUUUUAGCCUUAUACUAGAUGAUGUAGCCAUCACAGAGCUGAGCUUUAGCCGAGAAUACACUGCCGCAGUUGAGGCCAAGCAAGUGGCCCAGCAAGAGGCUCAGCGGGCGCAAUUCCUUGUGGAAAAAGCAAAGCAAGAGCAAAGGCAGAAGAUUGUUCAGGCAGAAGGAGAAGCCACAGCUGCCAAAAUGAUUGGAGAAGCCCUCAGCAAGAACCCAGGUUACAUCAAGCUACGCAAGAUCCGUGCUGCCCAGAAUAUCUCCAAAACGAUUGCAGCAUCUCAAAACCGUGUGUAUCUUACAGCUGACAAUUUAGUGCUUAAUCUCCAGGAUGAAGGUUUUACUAGGUGAGUGGCUUAUGGAUAUCCAAAUAGCUCCUCUGCAGGCUUUUGAUUUCCCCUGUGGUGGAUUGCCUGAACUGCAGCAGGGGAUUAUUUAGGGAAAGUUCAGAAGACUGCAGUUCCUCUCUGGAGCAGUGGUGGGAUGGGGACCACUAGCAAGCUGUUUAUUUUAUGCUGCUUUAAGUUCCUUGGAAGAAGAGCAGAGGAUAUAAAUGUAAUAAUAUAUCUUAUAUCUUGUUUUCUGGAUGUAGCAUAAAUCCAGUUCCCAAAGCAUACUAUAUGCCAUAAACAUAGAGGUAUAGCAGGCUUCCCAGAUUUUUCUAAUCCUUUUUUUCUCUGUCCUCUCCCUUCUGGUACUAUUGUGUGCUGCUCCGGCUCCAGAGGAAGGUAAGGCACAAACUCUUAUUUCAUACAGUCUUUGAGAAAAAAAUUGACUUAAGUUAUUUCUGAUUACUUUGGUAACACCACACAAUAUAUUUAUAAAAGUUGUAGGUGGUAGAUAUUGCAGCAUAUGCUGUUUUGAAUACGCAACCCCCUCAUGUGAGAGUGAAAGAGAAGUUCUUGUUCUGAGAUGGCAUCAACUAAAAUAGAUCUGGCUCAUCUGAUGGUGUGCCAAUUAUUGCCGGAGCCUUCUACUGUCAAUGACCUACAGCAAGCUAAUCACAAAGCUGUGGCAGUGGCUACAUUUUGGCAGAGCACAGUUUGAUCUGGACAUGAAAUAAUCAACUAAAAUGCUGCUUUUUCUUUCUAACUUCAUUAUGUUAGCCAUACACAAACCUUAGUUAGUUAAAAAUCUUGAUGAAUCAUCUUUCUAGAUUUUGAUAGGUGUAAAAACAGAAGUAUGGCAAAAGUGGAAUCAUUAGCAGCAGAUUUAGAGUGCUGGGAAUAUUGGUGGUGAGGAGAGAGGGCCAUAGAAAGGUAAGACUUGGGCUUGGCUUCUGCUCCUCCUGAGCAGUAUGUGUGAAAAGUUGUUUGAUGGAAUUUUACUUUUUGGAAAAAGAAACUGCAUAGGAAUAAGUUUGGGCUCAUUUCUGCAGAUCUGUGGAAUCUUGUUAGGUUGAACUACCCCUGAUGCAUGAACAGUCUUCCCACAGAUGCUUGACUUUGGCUCAUAGGCAACCACAGGAGCUGUGAAUUCGUUAAGAAUGGCUUGGUUGGGUGCUUGCUUAGUUUUUUCCCACCCCCUUUUUUUGGGGGGGGGAUAUUUUUUGAUCAAAUCUCUUGAUUCCUAGUAAAAAAAGAUUCAGUGUUAUGUGAAUAUUUAUCCUCCACAUGCUUUUUUAUUUCUCUGAGAAAUCUUGAGCUGACAAACAGUGGGGUCAAGUGGGGAUUAAGCCACCACUCUUCCAUUUUCUUCUGCUGGAAAUAGCAAACUGCUGGGGCUUUUCAGCUGAAACAGGAUGGAAAGUUGUUCCUCUGUCCAGCUUGGCCAAGCACUCCUUCCAGGGGACAAAGCAUUGUCAUUGUUAUCUCCAAAGUAGAAUAAGUUUGUCUGUGACUUCAAGGCUGUGUUCUCUCCAGGCUAAUUUUAUUACAAAGUUACUGCACUUACUUUCAAACUGUAGAAAGUGAAAUGCCAAAAUGAACAGACUAGGUGUAGCUUCUCAGAACAUCUGUGACAGAAGCCUACAGGAUGAUUUAGCUGAUGCUCCAGUUAUGUUCAUAAUCUCGUAGCAACUUCAUAAAAGGAAAGAGGACAGUGUCAUAGUUUGUCAGAGAUAUGAUUUGGCAUCUUUAUAUCAAUUGAGCAAAUUUUAUCUGAAUGUCUGUUUAUUUAAAAUCUUAAAGGCUACGCAGAUUAGAAUUUAGUUUGAAAUGUUAUGUGCCCAUGAUAUAUUUUAAUAGAGUCUUUUAUAUAAAAUGUUUAUUCUUUAGUAAAGUGCUGUCUUUAUUCUUUGGGGGGAGGGGUUUGUUUCUUUGUUUUAAAUUGUUUUUAACAAUUUGUAAACCACCUGAGUUGCUGUGAGUCAGGUGGCAUAUAAAUUUAAUAAUGAUGGUGAUGUAAUGAUUAUGACAUUAUAACAAAAUGUUGAAAAAGUGGGAAGGAACAUAAUCAAGAACAGCUCAUUGCAGCCUUCCCAUAAGGGAAGUAUGAUGAAAGAAAGGGGAGGAUUUCUAGUGGUUCCAUUCUUAGCACUCUCCAUUUAAAUGUCUAUUAUUUUAUGGGUCAGACAGGUAAGUUUUUAAAGGUUUGAUCUAAUAAGGGAUUCAGAGUAAAUUUCUCAGAUUUAGGCAUUGGAUAUCAUUGGCUGCCUUCCCUUAAUAAAAUCAGUUACCCAAAGCUAUGACUUAUCUUAAUUUUACUCUCAUCAUGGAGCUAGGUGAAGAAAAAUAGCAGAAAAAAAAAUUCUAUAUCCAAACAACAAAAAAAGAUGUUGUAGAAACUAAACAUCAGCAUAAGGACAAACCUGCUUUUCUGCCUCUAGGAAUUAAUCUACCAAAUCCACAUGUAUAUGUGUGAACCAUUAAUUAUUCUUGCUCUGUGUUAACCAUAGAAAAUAAGGCUUGGUUCUAUGCUUGGCCCCCAAGCCCAUAUUGUGGCACAUUUUUCACAAUCCUUUGCUGUAUCUGUUUCUCUUCCAGCGACAGUCUCCUGAUCAAACAGACAAAGAAAUGAAGCAGCGACUAUCUCCUUGAACCACACAGAUGACUGACAGAAUGGGAAUUCUGGGCUGUUUGGAUAGUGCACAUCUUUGGGGCCCAUAAAUAUUCUCUUGAGAUUUCUUUUCGGUUAUCAUCUUCACCCUCGUCAACUUCCCGACUCAUCUCUCACUAAUGGGCCCUUUCUGGCUAAUGUGGUUCCAUUUUUCUGAGAAUAUCAGCAGUAGGAAUCAGCUACAGAAUUUGAUUUCAUGCUGCAGUGGAGUUCCCUUGGAUACUUAAUCCCCUCCUGAACAGAUAUUGGCUGAGGGAAGCAAGGGGGCUUGCAUUAUGCAAUUUUCUCUAUCUGGGCUGAUUUUUAAAUAGAUCAAAUGGUUGCUGUUAGUUCCUGAUGGGUCUUUGUCUGCCUUAUAGAUUAAAUCCCUGGCUCUUCCAUUUGUCAUUUCAGGAUCACCUUUCACUUCCCUGUCCCCCACUGAACAUCUCAUCUCAGGAAUAGAUGGGUCACAGGACUUCUGCAAGUGCUGUGAUAUUUUAUCUAUGUAACUUCUGAUGCCUUGUGAUUCACACUUUGUAAAAAUAAAAUCAGGUCCAAAACUC